AUGGGAGGAUGUCCUUCUAAAUGUGAAAUUAAAUGUGGAAAUGGAUAACGAUAAGAAGGAAGUACACUCGAGUUAAACUUUGAGCAACAACCUUAAAUACUAAGAAAUAAGGAUCGAAAUCGAUCAGCAUCCAGUUCUCAUUAAGGAGAAUCUGCUACUUUACCUGCUACUAAUUUUAAAAGGGAAUUGGAAUAUAAAGAUAAUAUUUUACAUACUCAAUCAGAUCCAAAAAAUGAAUUAUUUGUUAGCAAUAUUGAAGUGGAGUUACUUCCAAUUUUUGUAACCAAGAAAUAAAUUAAUGAAUCAACUGUUUAAUAUAGAGAAAACAGAUUUAUAAUUGAUUUAGAAAUAGAAGUCAGAGCUAGAAUUCUAGAAAUGUAUAUAUCAUAAUAAAUCCAAUUAGAAAUCAACAAGAAUAAGAAGAACGAUAAAGAUUAAUCAUUAAAGAAAUUGUUAAGCAAUAAUUAGAAUUUGAAUAAAGGAAAUCAGAAUUAAUAUCUAACUCUUAAACUAAUUAAUAAUAAGAAAAUUCGUAAAACUUUAAUUAAAUAUAAUAAUAAUAAUAAUCAACCAAAAAGAAUACUUCAAAGGAAUCAAAAGAUUCUUAAUUUGCAUCCAUUUAAUCUAGUUCAUUUUAGCAAUCAUCUGAAAAAUAAUCCAAUAUUCAAUCAUCACAUAUUAAAACAGACCCUUUAAAGUAUUCAACAAAAAAUCCAUAUUAAAUUAAAGCAUUGGAGAAAAUAAUGAGUAAUUAUUAUUUAGAAGAUAACAGCUCUUAUAGCAAACAUAAAGGAAUUCUUAAAUAACGAAAUCAACUUUAAUAUCCUCAUACUUCUAAAAGUCUACCUAAUAAAAGAUUGGCUAAGUCCAAACUAUUUAAGAAGAAAAGAGUUCAUUUUUCUUAAGACACUAAUUUUAAUUUUGAAAAAAAAGGGGAAGAAAAGAAAGCCUCAAAAACUUGGUGGAAAUCUAUAUUUUGA